AUUUCUAUGCCCUUUUUCUCUUACCAAAAUAAACUCUUCAUAGUCCCCACCAGCCACAAAAACCCUCAUUCUCUCUUUCUCUCUUCUUCUUCCCUACACCCACCCACCCUACCAAAAAAAAGAAAAUCUCCAAUUUUUUUUCAUAAAAAAAAAAAACUAUGAAGAAACUUUAUAGAAAAGGCACAGUUCAUCCAUCUCCUCCUUUAAUUUCUGACCAUCUUUCAUUUUUACCAGUUGCUAUUUUAACACUUGCUUCAUCUUUAUCUCAAGAAGAUAAACAAGUCUUAGCUUAUCUCAUUUCUUGUUCUUCCGGUGAAUUUUCCGGUGAAAAUUUACUUUCCGGUAACUUUUCCGGUAAAAGAAAGAAUACCCACCAUGUAGCUAGUUUUAACUGUUACUGUUUUAGUUGUUACAUGAGUUAUUGGGUUAAAUGGGAUUCUUCACCAAAUAGACAACUUAUACAUGAGAUACUUGAUGCUUAUGAAGAUGGUUUGCAACAAAGCAAAAAAGAAAAGAGUAAAAAAGAAAGAAGGAACAACAACAACAACAAAAAGAAGUCAUCUAAUGGUGUUGGUAGUGUUGUUUCUUCGUCUUCUUCUUCUAGUGAGCUGAAGAAAUCAUCAUCUGAGUUAUCUUUAAACGGGUCGGGUCCCGGGUCAGGGUCCGGGUCGGGUCAGGCUGACCCGGUGGAGGAGACUGCUGGUAAUGAUGAAGAAGAAACAGGUGGUGAAGAAGGAGGUGAGAAAGGUUCUGUUAGAAAGUUUAUGAGUUAUCUUGGAGAAAAGAUUUGGGGUGUUUGGACCUAAAUUUUUUAAUUUUUUUUUUGGAGGUAAUUUUCCAAAAAAAUAAUAUUUAGGUUGGUUUAUUUUAUUUUUUUCCAUCUCGGUUUCUACUUUAAUAUUAUCUUUCUGGUCUGUAAAAUACCCCCUUUACUUCAUAAUGUAAAAUAUGGGUAGUAGUUUUGAAUGAUCAUCACCUUCAUUGGUUUUCUCUUGUUUA